CGUGGCGCGUCUUUAUUUCAAUCCUGUCACCUCGCUUUCCUCGAGCAUCGUCCGCGAUGGACGAUCUGCAGGGGCCAAAGAUCAUUAAGGACAAUCCCGUUGGGAGCGUCUUUGAUGUAUUCCGUGCUUCCUUCAUCUCUGCGUGCGAGGGCGAGGGCGUCGCCUACUCUGCAAAUGCCAUUGACCAGCUCAGUCGCGAAGGACUAAGGAACCUCGGCAGCAGGCCUGCUCCAUUUAAACGCAGAUCGCGGGACCCUUCAAGCCGACAUCCUGAAACUCAUUGCUGCUGUCACCUCUGACGACUUUAACUUCGACCGCAUCAAACCUCUCCUGCGGCAGACCCUUGCCGAUGAACCCGAUGACAUUCUUCUCUGGAAACAAGUCUACAAUGCCGUGGCCGAACCCACCCCGCCUCCCCGCCCAACGGCGUCUUCCCUCCAACAAACCCCAUGGCUUCGCAACACCAGCAGCUUCCCGAACUCAUCCGAGCAGCCUACCUCUCCGAAGAGACCUGGACGAGGUGCCCCUCUUCCGUCGGGCUGUAAAGACCUUCAUCGGCUUCGAGAUGUCCCUGACGGAACCCAUUUCGUAUGGGAUGCUGGCUGGAUGGAUCAAGAGGGUCGGCGAAAUCUUGGGCCGAAUGUACACCACUAUCUGCUACAGCCUUCGGUACAACGAGCUCGAUGGUAGCCCGAUGCUAUCCGCAACCUGGCACUCGACCACGAUGGUCCUGUCCCGUUCCAGAAGCACUACCUCGGACGCCAUGCGAUGCAGCAUCGGCCACGCGAACAGCAAGCGACGGCCGAUCGAUUUAACUCCUGAGCAGGUGGCAUCUGUCAACACCGAUCCCCGCAUCAAGGAGCUGGCGGGAGAGGUGGAGCGACUACCGCAUAGAUCGAAAGAACGACAGGAGGCUGUUCGUGCGCUGAGGAAUGAGAAGCAGAGACUCAAAAGGGCGUUGAUGGAACGAAUCAAAGACGCGUGGACGGACGAGCAGGCCGUAGAGGACAUCCAACGCCAACUCCAGGGCCUCGGAUUCUCGCAGCCUAUGGACGUAGACUCAGCCGCCUGCGCACCUCAACGCCCAGCACAGAAGCGCCUCGUUGCUGCUUUGACCGCGCCGGUCGAUGACACCCUCGAAGGAUACUAUCAGCGAAGGGACAGUCUCAUUGACGCCAUCAUUGCUACUGCAGCGUGGUGGAAGGCCGUGCGACAUGCCGAACCAAUGGCUCAACGGCAAAGAAGCCAGUCCAGAUAUCUCAUGAUCAACCAUGCGAGGUGA